AUGAGUCAGCUGAGGAAUGAAGGAACGGUGAAUAUCGAUUUUCCUCAAUUUCUUCCUGCUCCGUGUCCGCAUCGAAACGAAAAGCUAGCGGUUUUCUGCCGAGGUGCGCAACAUUUCUACGGCUCUAUAGUCGACGAAGUUGUACACUCUCGCUUAACAGUAACCAGUUUCCGAGCGACAGGACCAGGUCUUUUUUACGUGUUUGCGUUCGUCUCCGUAGUGGUGCUGGUGAAGGGAUGGAUGGAUGGCCGUGGCGAUGUGUUGCAGUGGACGACGGACUGGUUUCGAACGUGA